AUGUCUCCAUCAUCUGCAUCUGCACCUGCAUCCGCAUCUGGCCCACACCCAUUGGCCCUCCCGCCCACGUUCUCUCCGGAUACUCUAGACGCCCUUUCGGAGCUCUCUCUCGUCCUCGCCCGCGUCCGUGCCGGUAUUCAGUCGUCGGCUGGAAUCACUACUGAGCCUGCACCGGGGACCACCGGUCACAACGCCUCUGGACCUACAUUGUCUUUCAAAGAUGUACCUGGAGCCACGGAUAGCCUGAAACACAAGCUGCAGCGUGCUCGCGCACAGGUUCGUGAGCUCCCGGACAUGGACCGAUCCAUCGCCGAACAGAAUGAUGAGAUCCGUGACCUUGAAAGUCGCAUCCAGAAACAACGAGCAUUACUACAACGAUUAAGAGAUGAAGCCACCGGAAGAGAUCGGAAAGAUGAAAUCAGCGCUGGUGACAAGAUGGAGUCAUGA